AUGUCGGACGCCUCUCGACUCCGAGCCGGUGGUUCAGGAGCUCGGAGAGGGAAAGCCAUGGACGACAUGUUGGAAGAACUAAAGGAGAAGCACAAACGCCAGGCUGCUCGCCGUGCUGACGCUAAGCAGCUUGAAGCCAAUGCUGAACGGGUCAAUGUUAAAGUGCCUCAUGAAGUAGACCCCGAGAGUGGAGAAGACAACCUGAUGAUGUAUAUCGAUAAGGUCAGUAAGUACGUGGCUAGGCAUGGCAGAGAGUUCGAGAAAUAUCUUGAGACUCUCGCGAAAGGAGGCGAUAAACGGCUGCAAUUCCUGUUACAACCGCUCGACUCUCCUGCUGGAGUCUAUUACCGAUGGAGAGUUUGUGCCUAUCUCAAUGGAGACACACAGACACAAUACUCGACGACGCCUUUCAUGAUCUAUGGUCAAGGGCAUCUGUGGGUGCCGCCCGGGCGCUCUGAGACCAAGGGUGAUGACAACUCGGACAACGCAGUUAAGACUAACGAGAAGUUCGAGUCAACUGUGCUGUCGGAGGAAGAUCGCUCCUACUUACUGAAGGAGCUGCUGCCGAGUCUGACUACCAAGCGCAGGAAUAUCAGGGAGGCCAUGGUAUGGUGCAUUGACAGAUCGAGGGCUGCCGACGAUCUAGUAUGUCAGCUUUACCCUAAUAUCAUUCAAGGGUCUACGAGGAACUUAUCAGCAACACCGUUGAAGACUGUUGCGUCGGCAUAUUUCAUCAACGAUCUGCUCCACAAUGCGGGAGCGUCGUCGGCGAAAGCUGGCUGGCAGUUCAGAUCGGCCCUGGAGAAGAUACUUCCAGCCUUAGCAGCCGAUAUAUCGAAAGAAGGGUGUGAGUUGCGUGACACACUGUGGAAGUUUUCAUUUGCUCUUGUGCUGUUCGAGAAGACACCCGAGUUGGUCGAAGCGUGGCAGCGAUGUGCGGCGUCGUGGACAUCGAGAGAGCUUUUUGAUCAUCACUUCGUGCGAGGCAUUCUUCUGGAACUUGAAGGCCAACCCAAGGCAGACGAUGACGAUGAGAGGGCCGUCUUCACGGAAAAGGACUUAGAGCAGGUGGACGAGUGGCAAGGGUAUGACGAUGCUCAACUCGACAAGGUCUGCGAGACGCAUGGAAUCUCAGUAGUACAACGUAACAAGGAAGAGAAGUUAGCCCAGCUGAAGCGAUGGUUGAUGGAGGUUGCGGGCGACAGACAAGAGUUGGACGGUAUGGAUGUCUCCGAUGAUGACAUCUCAGAACUCAGCCAAGAAGAUGAGGAGAUGUCUGAUGGAGAGCCGUUGGAGGAGGAUGAGUGUGAAGCGGUUCCUGACAAUUGGGAGACUCUCGAUGACAAUCUGGGGGAGGAAGAUGUUGAUGGCGAACCCUGCCCACAAUGGGUCCGAAAGUUCCAGGAGAACGGAAGCCGACAGCCUCAGUUGCUACAGUUAGCAAUGAUCGGGUACAAGUAG